GGAAAUGUCGUCUAAAACGGUUCUACCGGUUCUACCCGCAAACUCGCCAUCCAAUGAACAGACACCUGAUCUCUUGACCUUCCGAUAUCAAGCCACUCGCGAGCUGACGUAUGUUGCUACCCCGAUUAGUUAUCCGCAUGCACUACGGACAGCAUAUGACGCCUUUCCAAGCUCCUUGACAAACGUCCCGCCGGCGCGCAUCACGCUCCACUUGCAAGCCUUCGUUGGCCCUAGCGCCACUCCAAGUUCCAUACGCAUUUUCCCUAAUGCCUGGGAGGCGCUCGUGCGGACCCUGCAUAGGUUCGAGAUAAUCGAUGUGGUGGUUGCGCCUCUCCCCGAAGACAAACCGCCGGCUUACCCAGAGCAACGCGAUGUUGAUGCGAAGUCGUCUCCGUCCAUUACCAAGGACUCCGAUUCGAAAAUGCAACCCAAUAGUACCUCCGGAUGAUGUGCGUGGCGCCGACCAUAGUGGCGAUAUAGCGGCGGUUCGAGGGAGCCUGUCAUGUUACGUCUCACAAUGUUGAUCGAUGUAUUGUCAAUGUAGCGCCGUCCUCCAUGGACAUCGGCAUGCAUUGACAAGGAAACUGACGUUCGUGUUGGAACGUGUCCACUCAUCAUCUGUCCGACCAGCAAGCGCUCAGAUACCCAGAAGGUAACAUCAAAGCGUGUCGUGGUGCGUUAUAGGACGCCCUGCCUCACUAGAGGUUCUCGAUCGAGCGAAUACCAA